AUGAUCACAAACCCAAUUUACCUUUUAAUCUUAUCCAUCCUACUAAUCUCAUCCCCAAGUAUUCUAACUCAAGCAGCUACUCCAAACCCACCUACUUCAACUAUCAACACAUUCUCUCAUGCACCUUCAAAACUAAUUUACUUUGAAGAUACUCCUAUCAUCCUAGCACAUGAUUCAUCAGAAAGAUUAGUCAGAAGAUCAACAGAUGAAGGAAAAACCUGGUCUUUGAUCGAUACCGUUCCUUCGGGUGAUGCAUGGGUCUUGAUCGAUCAUAGUUAUGAUAAUCGAGUAGCGUUCAUCUUAAGUAAAACUAAUAAACAUUGGCGUACGAUCAAUAGAGGUGAUUCGUGGCAAAGUUUCGAAACGGCUGAUCAUCCGACUAUUACCUCUUCUCCUUUGGCUUUUCAUUCGGUUAAAUGGGAUUGGAUCUUAUUUAAUGGUCAGAGAUGUGAAAGUUUAGGUGGUUGGCAAGGUAAAACAUGUUUUGAUGAGACUUGGGUGACUACUGAUACUUUCUCAACUGCACCUAAGAAGAUCAUUGAUCAUACUUCUAAAUGUCUUUGGGCUUAUUCGAGCAAACACUUCAAAUCAACCGUUCCACUCGAAACAGUUUAUUGUAUAGCAUAUGAAGCACCUAAAUCAAGAUUAUAUUCAAGUUCAGAUUUCUUUGUAAAAGAUCGUACGUUGAUCGAUUUAGGACUCGGAAAGAAUAGUAAAGGAGUAGUGGGUAUGGGUGCUGUUCAAAAGUAUAUUGUAGUGGCUCUCAAACCCGGUAAUAUCUUUUCAGAUCCAAGUAAUCAUCCAUCUAGUGCUUCAGAUGAGAUGUUACUCUUCGUUUCAGAGAACGGAAGGGAAUGGUCAAGAGCAAGGUUUCCUCAUGGUCAUGGAUUAAGAGAGAAUGCAUAUACGAUUGUCGAAUCUACGCCUCAUUCGAUCAUGGUCGAUGUCUUGACACAUCCAUCAGCUGUGGCCGGUACGAUGUUCACGUCGAAUUCCAAUGGAACUUAUUUUGUGAAAAGUUUAGAUUAUACUUCUAGAUCGGCUAAUGGGAUUGUCGAUUUCGAAAAGAUUGUGGCUAUCGAAGGUAUCUCGAUUGCUAAUACGAUCUCUAAUGCUGAUGAGAUCGAAUCACAUCAUCAUCAUAAAAAAGUUCAAUCUCAAAUCACCUUUGAUGAUGGAGGUCAUUGGCAAUUGAUCCAAGCUCCUUCUACUAAUCUCAAAGGAUCAAAACUAGGUUGUGAUCCAUCUGAUUUGCAAUCUUGUUCAUUACAUCUUCAUUCAGUUACUCAACCUCAUAACUUUGGAAGAGUCUUUUCGACACCUGCUCCGGGCAUCUUGAUGGCAGUAGGAAGUAUUGGAGAUCAUUUGAAGGCGUAUGCAGAAUCGGAUACGUUUUUGAGUACCGAUGGUGGCUUGAGUUGGAAGAUGGUACAUGAAGGUGCAAGGAAGUAUGAGAUUGGUGAUCAAGGUGGUUUAUUGAUCACCAUUGAUGAUGAAGAAGCAACAGAAGAAGUAGAUUACAGUUAUGAUUUUGGAAAGACUUGGCAAACCAUGAGAUUAGGACAAAAAGUGGUGCCUAAACAUUUAACAUCUGUACCUGAUGCUACAUCACAAAAGUUUUUAUUAUUAGGUGUCUUGAGUAGAGAAGAUGCUAAGAAAGGUAAUGGUGAUCGACAUGUAGUGAUCCAAUUAGAUUUUAGUCAAGUAGGUAGAAAGAAAUGUCAAGAAUCAGAUUUUGAGAAUUGGUAUGCUAGGAAACUAAGUGGUCAUUCGGAUUGUUUAAUGGGUCAUAAGCAAUAUUUUAGAAGAAGGAAAGCUGAUGCGGAUUGUUAUGUUGGUGAAAAGUUUCAUGAAGCUGUUAGUAAAGAAGAGAAUUGUCCUUGUACGGAUGAAGAUUUUGAAUGUGACUACAAUUAUGUUCCGGACAAUAAGCUAUGUGUGUUGGCUGGACCUGAAAAGAUUCCGGAAGGGCAAUGUGCAUCGGCUACAGACAAAUUCAUGGGUUCUUCAGGAUACCGUCUCAUACCGGGUAACACCUGUGAUCGAUCAAAGGGCUUAAAGAAAGAUGAACCACAACAAAAGGCGUGUACAGAAGGACAAGCCUUACCUGGACAAGUGACUCAUCAACGAUUUCAAUUCAAAGGAUCUGUACUUGAACAUAUCUAUUUUGGUGAUAGUCAUACUGUCUUAGCCUUCACGUCUGAAAAUCAAAUUUGGCAAUCGAUCAAUCAAGGAUUCAGUUGGAAUGAAGUGGUGAAGAAUGUCAAGUUUAUUUCCAUGCAAAUGCAUCCUUACUCACGUGAUCGAGCUUAUCUGAUCUCACCUAAUCAAGAAAUUUAUUAUACGACGGAUAAAGGAGCGAGUUGGAAUAUGUUAAGAACACCUAACGAACCUAAUCUACUGGGCAUCCCUUUACUUGAUUUUCAUCCAACAAGAGCUGAUUGGUUGAUUUGGACAGGUAGUGAAGGAUGUCUUGGAUCUUCGGUGGGAUCGUGUAAAGCGGUUUCGUUUUAUACAAAAGAUAAUGGAAGGUAUUGGAAUCGGAUAGAUGAAUAUGUUAGAGUUUGUUCUUGGGGAAGAGAUAAGAAGUUUAGACUAGAUGAACGUACGAUCUUUUGUGAAUCAUAUUUAAACAAGAAAGGAUCACAAAAAUCGAUGAGUUCGAACCCAUUAAGAUUAGUGUUAGGGAAAAACUUUUAUUCAGAUAAGACGACUUUGUUUAAUUCGAUUGUAGGAUUUGCUACGUUUGAAGAGUAUAUGGUAGUAGCUCAAAUCAAUGAACAUGUAGAUCAAUUAAACUUACAUGUUUCCAUGGACGGUACUCAUUUUGCUUUAGCACAAUUUCCACCCAACUUACGGAUCGAAAAUAAAGCUUAUACCGUACUUGAAUCGACCACUGAUGCUGUUUUUUUACAUGUGACCACUAAUGGAGCAUCAGGUAGCGAGUUUGGAUCAUUGUUUAAAUCGAAUUCUAAUGGAACUUAUUAUAGUCUUUCACUUGAACAUGUUAAUCGGAAUGAUAAAGGAUAUGUCGAUUUUGAAAAGAUGAUGGGAUUAGAUGGAAUAGCUGUGAUGAACAUUGUUGGGAAUCCAGAAGAAGCGAUGAUCACCAAGCAAAAGAAAUUAGUUUCUAGAAUCACACAUAAUGAUGGAGGUAGAUGGAAACCGAUCGCACCACCUGCUAAAGAUUCAUUAGGACAACCUUAUGCUUGUACUUCUACGGCUUGUUCAUUACAUAUUCAUGGGUAUACUGAACGAUCUGAUCCGCGUGCUACUUAUAGUUCUCCUUCGGCUGUGGGGUUGAUGAUGGCUGUUGGAAACGUUGGUCAUUCAUUAGCACCUUAUAGUGAAUCAGAUACGUUUUUAACAAGAGAUGGAGGAUUCACAUGGGAAGAGAUUUCGAAAGAUGCACAUACAUGGGAGUAUGGAGAUCAAGGCUCGAUUUUGAUUUUAGUGAAUGAUGAAGGACCAACAGAUAAAGUGAAGUUUACAUUGGAUGAAGGAUUGACUUGGAAAGAAUAUGUGUUUGGUGAAACGCCCAUUAGGGUUACUUCGAUUGUUACCGUGCCUGAUGAUACUUCUAGAAAGUUUAUUUUGUUUGGAAACUCUAAGAGUUCGGGAGAACAUACUGUUGCUGUUCAUUUGGAUUUUUCAAAGAUUACGAAUGUGAAAUGUGUUUUAGAUACAACUGAUCCGAAUCAUGAUGAUUUCGAACUUUGGUCACCAUCUGAAACUCGUUCUGAACCAUGUCUCUUUGGUCGUCAAACACUCUACUACCGCCGAGUAAGAUCACCCAAAAAGAUGUGUUAUGUAGGCGAAAAGAUUCCACAACCACAUAAGAUCCAAAGGAAUUGUUUAUGUUCAUCAGAAGAUUUCGAAUGUGAUUUUAAUUAUAAGCGAGACCCGAAAAGCCAAAGAUGUGUGUUAGUAGAAGGAGCUCAACCUUUAAAGAAUGAUGAAUCGGUUUGUAGUUGGAACCAAUCCUUUUGGUACGAUCGAACUGAGUUUAGAAAGAUUCCAUAUUCUUCUUGUGAUGGUGGGAUUCAAUUAGAUAGAGGAGCUCAACAUAUUUGUUCGGCUCAUCAAUCACAUGGAUUUAUAUGGUGGACCAGUCUUGUAGUCACUCCAGCCCUUUUGUGUGGUUUAGGAGGAUUUUGGUGGAUGAGAAGAAGAGCUUUAGGUUUGGGAGGAGGGGUAGGGGGUAGAAGAAGAGGCCCGAUCGCUUUGCCCGAUGGAGGUAGGAGAGGUAGGAAUGGAAUUGAGCUUUGGGAAACCUUGGUGUCUGUGCCUUGGUUCUUGUUGGGCAUUGCUACUUCGGUUUGGGGAUUUGUGGUGAGUAGUAAUUGGUUGGGUGGAAGUAAUCGACAGGGGUAUAGACAAGUUAGUUUGGAUGAUGAUGCUGAACUUUUACAGGUUAGUGGUUUUUUUUAUAAUCCUUUCUUUUUUUUCUGA